AGGGACGCGAUGGUCCCGGGAGUUCCCAAGGACAGAGAAUGGAAGUCGAUAGCAUGGCCCCAAGUGGGGACACCUGGGUGGGGUCAGACCAGACGGUGGGCUGGGACCCCACUGAAGCUCGCUUCUGGGAUUCAGGCUGGAGCCAUGGCCCAAGCAGCCGGUGGGCGGCCGGGGACCCAGACGUGCCCCCAGCUGCCACCAUCGCCACCACCGUCCCCGCCCGAGGAGGAGCGUGGGGAAAGGCUGGUGGAGCUGCACGCUUCGUUCAGGGAGCUGGUCGCCACCUUCUGCACCGAUGCCACCAUCCACGGCCCCAUCCGCCUUGUCUGCUCCAGCCAGAACCGCCUCAAGCCCGCGUCCUGGGGGCUGCUGCUCGCCGGGCCCUGGGCUCUGCAGUUCGGACCCCUCCUCGAGCAGGACUGGUGCUACCCGGCCACGAUGACGGUGUCUGUACACUUGGAGUGGAGCGCCGCGCAAGCUCUUCCCGUCGGUCACCCUGUGCGAUGUGCGGUCACAGCGGGAGCCCCCAUCGUGGACGACUUGCCUUCCCCAGCCCUGUGCCCCGGGAGCAGGCUAAAGGGCGAGAAGAGCCAGCGGAAUCUUGGCGCCGCCCCCCGCCCGCCACCCCCGGCGGGGCGCUGGACAAUUGCCCGGGAGAACAUCUACUCUCCCUGUGUGGCUUCAACGUCAGCGAGGGCGUGGACGCCCCGGGGGCCGAGGCCGCCUUCCAGCUGGACCGCGGGACCCCCCGCCUCCGAGGCUGAGCCCCCUGGGGGGCCAGAACAGAGUGGCUGCAAACUGCAGGCCUCCUCCUCCGGCGCGGUGGCCGCCCGGGAGCGGUACCGCUUGCGCUGCGUGAACGUUCUGGCCCUGCUGCCUGCUGCCCACGAGGACGGCCACCACAGCCGCAGUAGACACUUCGUCUUCUCCUGCCGCUACGACGGCCAGGACCACCAGGCCCGACACUUCCAGACCUCCCGCCACCCCAGCUACGGCAGCUGCUGCACCUUCAACGGUGUCUGGGCCACGCAGCACCCGCCCCUGCCUCCCCCAGGGAUCAGCCUGGCCCUCAGGGCGAAGCAGCAGGAUCAUCUCCUUCUGCUGCCCACGGCCGGCAUCAAAGUCCUGAUCCACACGCCCUUCCUGGAGCACCGGGGCUUCAGCAUCCGGCCAGGGACUGAGACCACCGUCGGCAUCCGAGAGGUGCACCGGCUCGGGAGCCCCUGUGGGCACUGCACAGACAGCACGGGGGGCGUGGACGUGCAGCUACUAUACAACGCCUCCUGCACCAGACAGGCCUGCCUGGUGUCCUGCUUCCAGCCACUGAUGGUGGAGACCCGCUCCUGCGGCUGCUUCUUCUACCCUCUGCCUGCGGGGGCCGAGUACUGCAGCUCUGUGCGGCACCCCGCCUGGGGUCACUGCUUCCACCGCCUCUGCAAGGACCUGGAGACCCACCGGCUUCCCUGCGCCUCCCACUGCCCCCGGCCUUGCAGGGGAUCUUCGUGUAAGCUCUCCGCUGGGACCCCCAGCUGGCCUUCCUCCAAGUCAACUGUGCUGCAGCUGCUUUCAGCCACGGGCAGCCCCUGGAGCCUGUGGUUCGGCUCUUGCGUCCUCUCAUUCGUGGAGGUGCUGGAGCUGCUGCUGGACGCCGCGGCCCUCGCCCUGCUGCUCUGCUGCCGCCAGCUCCGCGGGGCUCGGGGCCAGCCCAGGGCAGCCACGGGGGUGCCUGCUCCAAGCCAGAGGGCGGCUGGUGGCCGGGUAGCUGCAGGCAUGAUGUCGAACGCCCAGGGGCCCAGCUCCACCUCCCAUGAUGUUGCAGGGGCUCCGGCAGGGGUCUUGGCUGGAGGUCAGCCCGGUGUGGGCCCGGGAGACUCCUGA